CUCGCUUCAGGAAGGAAAUCAGCCAUCAAUGGGAUCGAGCAGACAACUUUGUUACAGUCCUGCCGGAGUCAUUCAUUACAAGGAUUKCUGAUAACGCGAACUGGACUAAAACGUUAAAAUGUAUACCGGAGUGUUUCUACUGAUGCUGGUCGUCGGGAUCUACGCUGAUACUAUGGACCAAGGGCCAACAGGUGGUGUUUGAAGCAUCUGUCUCGGCAGAACGGCGAGGCUACAUUGCCAUUGACGACAUCCUGCUGCUCAACUACCCCUGCUACAAGGUUCCCCACUUCUCUCGGCUGGGGGAUGUGGAGGUCAAUGCAGGGCAGAAUGCCACCUUCCAGUGUGUCGCCACGGGCAAAACUACAGAGACAGAACCCUUCCUACUGGAGCGUCGUAACGGUGUGGUUGUGGCGGCAUCCUCUAUCCAGCGUCUGAGCCACAAGCGUCUGAUGGCCACCUUCCAGGUGGCGGCUGAGAGAGGGGAGCAGGACCUGUAUCGCUGCAUCACAGAGUCGCACACCCGCGGAGCUGCUGUGUCUAACUUUGCCGAGCUCAUCGUCAGAAUGCCRCCCACCCCCAUCGCUCCACCCCAGCUGCUCCGGGCUGGCCCCACCUACCUGAUCAUCCAACUCAACACAAACUCCAUCGUGGGAGACGGCCCCGUGAUCCGUCGCGAGAUCGAGUACCGCGCCAGCCAAUCACCAUGGUCGGAGACACAUGGCGUUGGCUCGCUCACUUAUAAGGUGUGGCAUCUGGAGCCGGACACAGAGUACCGUAUCAGUGUUUUACUGACCCGACCAGGGGAGGGAGGCACAGGGGCGCCUGGACCCCCCCUGGUCAGCAGGACCAAGUGUGCAGAGCCCAUGCGUGCGUUGCGAGGCCUCACAGCGACAGAGAUUCAGCCUCGUCAACUAACCUUACAGUGGGAACCUCUGGGCUACAACCUGACGCGCUGCCAUACCUACUCUGUCUCUCUCUGCUACCGCUACUCCACGCCUGCAGGGGGCAGCGCAGGGAACAACGCCACAGUGAGGGAGUGUCUCUCUGUGGAGAGGAACCAAUCACACUUCACCCUGAGGGACCUGCCCCCGUUCCGAUCCGUCCACGUCCGGCUGGCGCUGGAAAACCCAGAAGGCAAGAAGGAGAGCAGAGAGGUCACCUUUCAAACUGAGGAGGACAUUCCUGGUGGCGUUGCCCCAGAGUCACUGACCUUCACUCCAUUGGACGAUAUGAUCUUUCUGAAGUGGGAGGAGCCUGUGGAGCCCAAUGGGGUCAUCACACAGUAUGAGAUCAGUUACCAGGGCAUCGAGUCUUCCGACCCAGGUAUCAACGUACCAGGCCCUCGCCGUACCGUUUCCAAACUGAGGAACGAAACAUACCACAUGUUCUCUGGCCUACACCCCGGCACCACCUACCUGGUGUCUGUUAGAGCUCGCACCGCCAAGGGCUUCGGACAGACCGCCCUCACUGAGAUCACCACCAACAUCUCCGCCCCAGUGUUUGACUAUGAGGAUGUCCUGGCCCCACUCAGUGAGUCAGAGAGCACCAUCACGGUGCUGUUGAGACCAGCGCUGGGCAGAGGAGCACCAGUCAGUGCGUACCAGGUGGUGGUAGUAGAAGAGGACGGUUCCAGGCGGGUCAGGAGGAGCAGGAGGAGGAGGAGGGAGGUGGGUAGCGGGUCAGACUGUUUCCCUGUGCCAGCGACCCAGGUGGAGGCUCAGUCUAAGUCCCACUACUACACGGCUGAGCUUCCCCCCUCCAGUCUCCCUGAGGCCACUCCGUUCACAGUAGGGGACAACCACACCUAUAACGGCUACUGGAACACUCCCCUGGACCCCUCCAAGAACUACCUGGUCUUCUUCCAGGCUAUAAGCAACUUCAGAGGGGAGACGAGAAUGAACUGCAUCCGGAUUGCCCGUAAAGGUGCCUGUAAGGACCAUAAGAGGACCCUGGAGGUGUCCCAACAUGCAGAGGACAUGGGUCUGAUCUUGGGGGCCUGUGCUGGGGGACUGGUGGUCCUUAUUCUGCUGCUGGGGGCCAUUGUCAUCGUCGUCAAGAAGGGAAGGGACUUCUAUUCUUACUCUUACUACCCCAGGAAGAAGGUAGCGCUGAACAAGGCAGCCAUGUCGUACCGUCAGGAGAAGACCAGGAAGCUAGGUUCUCUGGACUGCAGCAUGACAGAGCAGAGCACCUUGCAGCAGGACGAGCGCACCGCUAACUCCUUCAUGGACGCCCAUGCCUGCAACACACGGAACGAACAGAGGAGUUCAGUGAACGAGUCCAGCAGCCUGUUGGGUGGUUCCCCUCGACGCCACUGUCGUAGGAAGAGCUCUCCGUACCACACGGGUCAACUUCACCCUGCGGUCAGGGUGGCAGAACUCCUCCAACACAUCAACCAGAUGAGACCGGGAGGAUAUGGUUUCAAACAGGAGUAUGAGAGCUUCUUUGAUGGAUGGGAUGUCACCAAGAAGAAGGACAAGACUAAAGGGAGACAUGACAGUUUGCUGGGGCAUGAUCGUCAUCGAGUCAAGCUGCACUCCCUCCUAGCAGACCCCAACUCUGACUAUGUCAAUGCCAACUACAUAGACAUCCGGAUAAACAGGGAAGGGUACCAGCGAUCAAACCACUUCAUAGCCACCCAAGGUCCCAAGCAGGAGAUGAUCUAUGACUUCUGGAGGAUGGUGUGGCAGGAGAACUGCUUCAGUAUUGUCAUGAUCACUAAACUGGUGGAAGUGGGCAGGAUGAAGUGCUGUAAGUACUGGCCCGAGGACAGUGAACUCUAUGGAGACAUCAAGAUCACACUGCUGAAGACGGAAACACUGGCUGAGUACACCGUCCGCACCUUUGCUAUGGAGCGGAGGGGCUACCCAGCCAAACAUGAGGUGUGCCAGUUCCACUUCACCUCCUGGCCAGAGCAUGGUGUUCCCUAUCACGCCACAGGCCUGCUGGCCUUCCUACGACGGGUCAAGGCUUCCACACCCCCCGACGCUGGGCCCGUGGUUGUCCACUGCAGUAUGGGAGCAGGCAGAACAGGCUGCUACAUCGUACUGGAUGUCAUGCUGGAUAUGGCAGAGUGUGAGGGAGUGGUGGACAUCUACAACUGUGUCAAGACCCUCUGCUCCAGACGCAUCAACAUGAUACAGACAGAGAACCAAUAUGCAUUUCUCCACGAUCAGCUCCUUUUGCCAGCUUCGCUUUGUGGUGAGACAGCUAUACCUGUUCUUGAGUUUGCUCUGACCUAUAAGGAGAUGCUGAGGGUUGACUCACAGAGCAACACCUCCCAGCUACGGGAGGAGUUCCAGACGUUGAACUCUGUGACCCCUCACCUGGACGUGGAGGAGUGCAGCGUGUCCCUGUUGCCUAGGAACCGCGAGAAGAACCGUAGCAUGGAUGUCCUGCCUCCCGACCGCGCCCUGGCCUUCCUGGUUACCACCGAGGGCGUUGCCGAAGGGAACAGCUACAUCAACGCUGCUCUCACCGACAGCUUUCACCGGCCCGCCGCCUUCGUGGUAACGCCACACCCGUUACCGGGAACCACGGCAGACUUCUGGAGGCUGGUCUAUGACUAUGGAUGUACCUCAGUGGUGAUGCUCAACCAGAUCAACCAGUCCAACUCUGCCUGGGUGAGAAGAGGGGAGCACGUCACCUCUAGCCUCCCUGCCUCUAUCUCCCUACCUCCCCCUCCUCACCCCCUUUCAGGUAUUAGCGUCCCUAGUCCCUCUCCUUGCCUCUCCUUAGAGCCUCCCCCUGCCUCACCCUCAUGUCAUUCCGCUGUCACCUCUGUCAGAGCCCUGUCCCCCUCAGUGUCACCCCCAGUCUCUCCCACGGACGGGGGAGGAGGGGGAGGCAGCUGUCAAACGAACCCCACUGCCUUUUCACAGGAUCCCACUGAUCUUACCAAUCAGAACUGUCCAACAACAGGAACAGGGAGGGAGGAUGAUGCACAAUUUCCCAGCAAGCUCCAGGAAGGUCAGCUGGUGGUUCGUCAUUUCCAGUUCCUGCGCUGGUCUCCAUACCGUGACGUCCCAGACUCUAAGAAGGCUUUCCUCAGCCUCCUGGCCCAGGUCCACAACUGGCAGAGGGAGUGUGGAGAGGGACGUACCAUCGUCCACUGUCUAAACGGUGGCGGUAGGAGCGGUACGUUCUGCGCUUGUACCAUGCUGCUAGAGAUGAUCCGUCAUCACAGCGUGGUGGAUGUCUUCUACGCUGCCAAGACGCUACGCAACUCCAAACCCAACAUGGUGGAGACCAUGGAGCAGUACCGGUUCUGCUAUGACCUGGCCUUGGAGUACCUGGACGCCUUGGACUGCCUGAGUGAGAUAGAAGUGAGAUAACACUGAUCCCAGAUCAGCUCAGGCUCAGGGGAGAUGGAGUGGAGUCCUGGGCCUAGCCUGGAUCUCAGCCUGGGUCCCCAUCACCUGGGCCUCCCAGCCUGGUCCUAGCCUGAGUUUACAGCCUGGGCCUGAGUCUGGGUCCACACUGCUCUGCUUCUCUCUCUACACUUCUACAUCUUGCACUGUAUUUUCAGACCUGCUCAACCCCAGAAGGAGUGUAGGGAUAGAGGCCUGGGCCUCAGUCUGCUGUCUUGGCCCGGUUCCGGCCUGGUCCACACCACUCCGUCUUGGGUCUCCCCUUGGGUCUACAGCCUUGGUCUAGCCUGGUUUCUGCUCUGCUCCGCUUCCUUCUCUUCUCCUCUCCCAGGUCUGGGUGAUUCAAUGUAUCUGCUGCCAUAACUGACCUGGGCAAAAGAAAACAAUGAUAGUGAAAGAGAGGGAGACAGAGAGAGAUGAUGGGACAUGCUCCUUCCUUCUACCUGUUAUAUACUGUACUAUUGUCCUUUCCCUUGCAUUUGUAUCCCUCUGUAAGUUACUAUUUGUUCUGUGCCACAUACUAUCUGCCAAACCCAAGGAAGAGGACAAGGAAAUGGGCAGGAUCAUUCUCUUCUCAUUGGACGUUUUUCUGGUCACAUGACCACUGGUGGUAUACUCAAAAGGUCUCUGCAACUUCCUGCCUUAUUUUACUAUGUCAAUGACAACAACAAUUACAACAACAAAAAAUACAAAGUAGAAGCUGAAGUUUAACAACAAGACAAUGACAUCACAUACAACUGCAGCAAAUAAAAUAUGUCAACUAUU